CGAAUCUGGAUCAUAAUAUCUGAAUUCAAGAUCCAACCUCGUUCAACAACUUCCCCCGGCAAGACUCAACACUGCAGACCGGAACCGGAAAUAAACAGUUUAACUGAAAAGUGGCCGAGCGAAGGACGGAAAGGGGAAAGCAAGACAGAGGAAAGCAAAAUAGAAAACAAGAUCUUCCGGCAGCAAUGAGAAGCGCCGACGGGAUCCUGGGUACCAGAGCCGGAGCCGGAAGAGUGGCAGCCGAUGUAGCGAGGAGAAGGAAAUGGCUGAAGAGACGAGAGACAUGGCUAGUUAUACUUGGAGUCAUCCUCCACGCUGUUUACAUGCUCAGCAUCUUCGACAUCUACUUCAAGACACCAAUUGUCCACGGCAUGGAUCCCGUUCAGCCUCGGUUCACUGCCCCCGCCAAACGCCUCGUCCUUCUCGUCGCUGAUGGAUUACGUGCUGAUAAGUUCUUUGAGCCGGAUGUGGAGGGAAACUACAGAGCACCAUUUUUGAGGAGUGUAAUUAGGAACCAAGGUAGAUGGGGAGUCUCUCAUGCUCGGCCACCUACCGAAUCAAGACCAGGCCAUGUAGCUAUCAUUGCUGGGUUUUACGAGGAUCCUAGUGCUGUCACAAAAGGAUGGAAAGCUAAUCCAGUGGAGUUCGAUUCAGUUUUUAAUCAAAGCAGGCAUACCUUUUCUUAUGGGAGCCCAGAUAUUGUUCCAAUCUUCUGUAGUGCGUUGCCCCAUAGCACAUGGAAGAGCUAUCCUCAUGAAUUUGAAGAUUUCGCAACUGAUGCUUCCUUUUUGGAUGAGUGGUCUUUUGAUCAAUUUCAGAGCCUUCUGAAUAGGUCAAACGAAGACCCAAAGUUGAAGGAGUUACUUCUACAAGAUAAACUAGUCAUAUUUCUGCAUCUACUGGGGUGUGAUUCAAAUGGACAUGCACACAGGCCCUUUUCAUCUAUUUAUCUCAACAAUGUUAAGGUUGUGGACCGCAUUGCCGAACGCAUGUAUGCUCUUCUUGAAGACUAUUACAAGGACAAUCGUACUGCUUACAUAUUUACAGCUGACCAUGGAAUGAGCGAUAAAGGUAGUCAUGGUGAUGGGCAUCCUACAAACACUGAUACUCCCCUUGUGGCUUGGGGAGCAGGAGUCAAAUAUCCAAGGCCGGUAUCCGAGAGCACCCAUUCUGAUCAUGGUUUACGCUUCGUUGAUGAGCAUGAACAUGACACACCUACUCCAGUAGAAUGGGGCCUAAGUGGCAUAGAACGAGUGGACGUUAAUCAAGCUGAUAUUGCACCUCUUAUGUCAACACUUGUUGGCAUACCUUGUCCCGUUAACUCGGUGGGAAACUUGCCACUAGGCUACAUAAGCAUGAUCAAGGCAGAAGAAGUUGAAGCUGUGUUAGCAAACACGAAACAGAUUUUGAGCCAGUUUCUUCGCAAAUCACAGAUGAAGCAGUCAAGCUCCUUGUAUUUCAAGCCAUUUGGACCAUUGGCUAAUCAUUCAGCUUUACUGGAGCAGAUUGAAUCUCUAAUAUCCAUUAAGGACUAUGAAGCUGCAGUGAAACUAUCUGAAGAUCUAAGAAGCUUGGCUCUGCAAGGACUUCACUAUUUUCAGACAUAUGAUUGGUUGAUGUUAAUGACCAUGAUUACUCUGGGGUACAUUGGCUGGAUGCUGUAUAUUAUUCUUCAUGUCCUGCAAUCGUAUACUUCACUGGCGAGAGAUAUCAUGAAGAUGCAACCAGCUGUGCCACAGAAACAUACUUCUGGAAAGAAAACUGUUUAUCUGCUUGGAUUUUUAGUCAUGGGCAUAACUUCACUUCUCUUGAUUGUGGAACAUUCUCCACCCCUUUAUCAUUCAUAUAUCGCGAUGACUGUGUUUCUCUGGACCAACAUACUGGGUGAAUAUCGUUUUAUCCAAUUGAUAUGGAGGUACUUAAGUGAGAGAAAGUCCAGGACUGUUACUACACUGAUAGCUGUUUUUUGUGUGUCAAUAGUCGUCCUUGAACUCCUGGUUCAUAGCUUCACAGAAAGAAAGCUCUAUACUUGGUGUUUCUUAACUGUGGGAAUAGUGGCGCCUGUCUAUCUUUUCAACAAGAUUCCAUGGAGAUCAUGGAUACCUGUUUUUGUUUGUGCUACAUGCUGGUGUUUGUCUGUUUUCACUCUGAUGCCUGCAGAAAUUCCUGAUAAUACUGAACUAGUGAUUACGAGUGGAGUUCUGAUAGUCAUAAUGGGAGCAGCUGCAAGGUGGCUGGAUUUUCAUUCGGAAGGAAAUAAGUACUGGAUGAACAUAUGUUUUCAUGGGAAGGAGAAACUAAAGUUCCCAAUGUUAUUCUACAUACAGGCUCUUUUCGUUGGAUUAUCAUCAAUCAUGGUGCCAUUGUCAACGUCUCACAGAACAGAGAAACAAGAAUUGCACACAUGGCACCAACUGAUUAAUUGGUUGAUUGCAGGUUUCUCCAUGAUUCUUCCACUUUUCUCUGAGAAUGGUCUCCUGUCUCGGCUUACAUCUAUUUUUCUUGGAUUUGCACCCACAUUCCUGCUACUCUCCAUUGGAUACGAAGCUCUCUUCUAUGGUGCACUUUCUCUUGUACUCAUGUCGUGGAUUAUAUUUGAGAACACCCUUCUUCAGUUAACUAAGGCGAAGAAAAUGUCAUCUGCAACAAACAUGGAUGCCAAUACCAAACUUGAAAAUGGAGAUAGAUUCUUGCAGCUUUCUGACAUGAGGAUCCCAUUAACUUUCAUGGUUUUGUUUAAUGUUGCCUUCUUUGGGACGGGGAAUUUCGCAAGUAUAGCAAGUUUUGAAAUUUCAUCUGUCUACAGGUUCAUCACGGUUUUCAGUCCGUUUCUUAUGGCAGCCCUUCUUAUCUUCAAGUUAUUUAUUCCAUUCAUGCUCGUCAUAUGUGCAUUCAGUGCAAUAACAAAGCUACUACGAAUACCGAGACUGGGGUGCUAUUUUCUGGUCAUUUUAUGCUCAGACGUGAUGACUAUCCACUUCUUCUUCCUGGUCAGAAACACAGGAAGUUGGAUGGAGAUAGGCAACAGCAUCAGCCAUUUUGGAAUAAUGAGCGCCCAAGUAGUUUUCGUGCUAUUACUCUUCGCCAUCACAAACAUCUACACGAGAGGCAUCCAGGUCAGAACAGGUCGCCCCUCGUCCCAGAAAGAAGUAUAGCUUGCAAAACUGUAAAAGUUAAACCAGUCCUUAAUACCCCAGAAAUCUGAGUUCAGGCCUCAGAACAGCUUCUUUCUGGGCGUCAAUCCCUAGCCAGCGGACUAUUUCUGAAAGUUCUUCCGAUUCGAUUUUGUAGCAGGUGCGACGUGUUUCUUACUAAGGCUUUAGAGUAGUUUUGAUUGAUUUACAGCACUAUUUCUGUAGAAUGUAUACACAAUCCCACCAUGUAUCAGCUUUAGAAUUUCAAGUGAGUUUUGAAGCUAACUUCCGGGAAACUCUUUUUGGUCUGACCUCAUUUUUUAUUCUAUGGUGACAUUGACAUACUGAGGUUCGCUGGCUCCCCCGUAGUCGUGUUAAAGACUUCAUGCAUUAUGAUUGGGAGGAAGGAAGCUUGAAGAUUCAACAGUGGCGUGGAGCUGGCGAGCUCAGUGGUCGACUCAGAACUACUGGACCAAUCAUGGAGCUCCAUCUGCAACCUGUACACCGAAGUCAACAGCCACCCCCAUCAGCAAUCUCCUUCUCCUGCAACAUUCAAAAUCUUCAAGCAACAUAACUUAACCAUUAUAGCUUUCGUCACUUCACCAAUCUACACCCCACAGCAUCUGCAACAGCAGGGAGGUCAAGAUUUGUUGACAUCAGCAACCCUCAAAGCUCAAAACUUUCCACACCUUGAUUUCCUCUGCUCCAGGGGCAACCCUUCUUUCUCCAUCCACUCAGCUGCAGUUUCCAGUUUUGCCCUUCUCUUCGAUGACCUCAAGGCUUCCCCACAUCAGUUUCUUGUUUCGCGAGAUGACGAGAUAGUUCUGGAUUCGCCAUUGAUAGUGACCGGCCAUGCCCUUGGAGGGUCGAUAGCUUCAUUGUUUACACUAUGGCUGCUGGACGGUAUGAGUCAGCUUCCGUCCAAGAAGCCAUCGAAGAAGCUCCCACUCUGCAUCACAUUUGGCUCCCCCUUGAUUGGUGACUCCGGCCUCCACCGUGGCAUUUCCCAGCGGUCCACGUGGAAGUCUUCCUUCCUACAUGUGGUUUCCAACCAUGAUUUUCUCCCGAGGCUAUUGAUGACGGCUUCAAAUUACAAGCCUUUUGGCACAUUUAUGCUGUGCUCUGAGAUGGAUUCCACUUGCGUAGAGGACCCAGAUGUAGUUUCGAUUUUGUUCCGGAAAUGGAUCGAAUUGGCUCAUUUGGGUUCUGGUGAAGGAUUGCCUGUUGAGCAUUAUGGGUUGAUGGUGGGGCAUCUCAAGCGUAGAGAUUUGUGCAAGGGGAGCUCAGAUCUUGGUUGGCCAGUUGCGGAUUCAUUACAGGCUGGGAUUAUCUUGUUACUUGACUCUAUUGGGAUUGCCAGAAAUCAGCACCAACAUCCAAGCGUAACGGACCUGGCAUCCCAAUUGUACCGAAAAGAGAGGCUAUUGGUCCUCAGCAAAAGGAACGCCAUGGAUCCCAGCAGGAAACUAAACGACAUCAAGAUCAAGAUGGCCUUCUUAGAAUGGUACAAGAAGGACUGCAAGAACAAAGGCGUAGGCUACUACGACAGCUACAAGAACCAGAGAGCCACAUCGGACAUGGACAUCGCCAAGCACAAGAAGUACCUCACGAAUUACUGGAAAGAAAUGGUGGAAGAAGCCGAGAGCCACCCUCAGAAAGAAGGCGCCUACGUCAGGAUGACGUGGCUCUACGCCGGGAACACAUACCGGAAAAUGGUGGAGCCACUAGACAUCGCAGAGUACUACAGGAAAACAGAAAACAGAGACUACGUGAAACAGGGGAGGUCGAAGCAUUACGUUCUUUUGGAGAAAUGGUGGAAGGAAGACUGUGAAAGCCAUCAUCCGAUGGAUUUGUUGUCGAAGAAGAGGAAUGUUGAUGGUAAUUUCACGGAGGAUUCCUGCUUCUGGGCUCACGUCGAGGAGGCGCGGUUUUCGUGUGGGUUGAUCAAGGAUUUUGGGAGGUUUGGUGGUGGGAACGAAGAAGAGAAGAGGUUGUGUGAAGGUUAUUUGUUGUGGUUUGAAAGGUAUGUGAUGGAGCAGAUUGGGAACUAUGCGUUGAAUCCUGAGGUUUUUGUUGCUGGGAGUAGUUUUAUGAAGUGGUGGGCAGAGUUUCAGGGGAUUGUGGGGAGUGGUCACAGAUCAGAGUUGGCUGAGUACAUGAGGAAAGGGGUGUACCGCAAGUAUGGCUCUGAUACGGUUACUAACUCGCCUCAUUCGAACGAAUUGGUUUUUAACAUGAUACCAGGAAAUUUUGUUGGCAAAAAUGGCGGCAUGUUUGGAUCCUGAUAGUCAUCAAUGAUCGAAGCUUAUCAUAUAGUCAACCCAUGCAAAACUUCAAGCUCAAUAAUAGAGUUUCGUUCGAGGGUAUAGAUAAAGUAAUGGCAUAAGAUACAACCUUGAUCCUCUUUCUUUCGACAAUUAGAGCUAUCGAGACGAACUGGUCUCUGAUGAUCAAUGGCUAAGUUGCAGCAUCUGUGGGAAGUAAUGGAUGCUCUCAUUUAGUGGAUGUGAACUUACAAUCAUGUGUACAUAAACAUUGGUGUAAGUUCUGUAGAUUUGCUGAUGUAACUUUAAGUUUGUAAGAUCAUCACUUAAUGUUAUAGAAGCUGCUUCUCCUAAAGUCAGUUUUCAACUAGAUUUCUGCUGAAAGUGUGAAGGAGAAGGCACAAAGGAUCACCUCGUAUUACACAUUGACCUCUUCUUCGGCCCACUUUACUUUCUCUUGGCAAACAUAUUUGGUCCCUUUCUUCAACCACAUCAAGCCACAAUGGUUCUGAUUCCCUCCAUUUCAUUGCCCAAGGAACCCCAUAGUAUAGCAUUCAGCUUUUAUCCUAAGCAAAGUUAACCAUUCCUUCCAUUAAAGUACCAAAAAAAGAAUGAAAAAGUUAACCAACCUAUCACUUCUAUAAGAGGAAGGAAAAAAGAACAGGUUGUAGCUUAUAAACCCAUUCCCCCCAUAUAGCUUGGAGAAACCAUGAGCCUCCACCAGCCUCAAAUAUUUGACAGUGGGCUGGAAUUGGCAAGUUGUGUGGUAAACUCAGAUUUGCUACCUCUAUCAUGGACCUCCAUCUCGAGUCUAUACUCAGAAAUGAAGGCAAACCCACCUCAGCAAUCUCCAUCGUCUCUGUCUCCAAGGUUUCAAAUUUACAAGCAAAAAGACAACGCAGCAGUUGUUGUUGCAUUUGCGACAUGUCCAGUUUACUCUCCUGAUCAUCUUCUCCAAGGAGAUGGAGGGACAGAGUUGGUUUCAUCAGCAGAUCUCAAGCAGCAGGACUUCCCUCACUUUGAAUUCCUCUGCUCCAAAGCCAACCCAUCUUUCUCCCUCCACAAUGCCGCAAUCACCUGCUUUGCCUCUCUUUUCGACGACCUCCUUCCUCUCACGUCUGAGUUGCUUGUCACAAAAGGCAAUGAGAUAGCCCUGAAAUCGCCACUAAUAGUGACGGGACAUGCCUUAGGAGGUUCAAUCGCCUCCCUCUUCACGCUAUGGCUGCUGGACAGAAUGAGCUCCAAGAAGCCGACAAAGAGGCUCCCUCUCUGCAUAACCUUCGGGUCGCCCCUCGUCGGCGACAAAGGCCUCCGCCAGGCCGUCUCGCAGCGCUCUACGUGGCCCUCCUGCUUCCUCCAUGUCGCUUCGAGCCGUGACCAUCUUCCCUCUGCCCUCCUUGCCACAGCGAUCCAUUCUUCUUCUUCUUCAUCAUCGAGCAGUAAUUAUGAGCCAUUUGGGACGUUUCUGAUGUGUGAUGAGCAGAGUUGCGAUUGCGUUGGAGACCCUGAAAUUGUUUCGCGGUUGCUUUCCCACAAAGCGUCUGAUCAAUUGGAAUCUCUCAGCGUUGAUGAAUAUGGGAAAAUGGUGGAAUAUCUCAAGUCCAGAGUUAUUUGCCAAGGAAGCUCGAUACUUGGUCGUCCCAUGGCGAAUUCAAUGCAGGCUGGGAUUGCUUUACAGCUUCAAUCAAUCGGCAUUUCGCUAGAUCAGCAGAAGCAGAGCACAAUCAGCCUAGCUACAGAGCUGGAGAAGAAGCAGAAAUUCUCAUCUUUCCGCAAACGGAGCGCGCUGGAGCAGAGCAGGAAAUUACAAGAGAUCAAAAUGAAGAUGGCCUACUUAGAAUGGUAUAAAAAGGACAGCAGAAACAAAGGAAGAGGGUACUACGACAGCUACAAAAUACAGAGCACCACAGCCGACAUAGAAAUCGCCAAGUACAAGAAAUUCCUGACCAAUUACUGGAAGGACCUCGUCGAAGAAGCCGAGAGCAAGUCCCAAAAGGAGAGCUUGUUCUUCCGAACCAUGUUCCUCUACGGCGGAACGAAUUACCGGCGGAUGGUGGAGCCACUCGACAUCGCAGAGUUCUACCGAGAUGGGAAAAACAGAGACUACAAGAAACAGGGGAGGUCGCCGCAUUACGUUCUGCUGGAGAAAUGGCAGAAGGAAGACGCGGCAGGGAAGGGCAAGAUGAAGAAGAAGGAGAAGAAGCCAGUGGAUAUGAUGACUGAAGAUUCCUGCUUCUGGGCGGAUGUGGAGGAGGCUCUGUUUGCGGUGAGAUUGUUGAAGCAGAAGGGUAGCGGCGGUGGUGGCGAGUCCAGUGAGGCGAAGAACCGCUUGGUGGAGUUCCAGAGGUACGUCAUGGAGCAGAUUGAGAACUAUGCGGUGGAUUCUGAGAUUUUCCUGCGGGAGAGCUCGUUUAUGGUUUGGUGGAAGGAGUUUCAGGAGAUUGUUGCGAUUGUUGGAAGUGGUAGUUCUUCGUUGGUUGAGUAUAUGAAGAGCGGCAUGUACCUUAGCUAUGGUUCUCCUUAGUAAUUCAUAUGCGUGUGUAUUGAAUUGUACCCUUUUCUCUGUAAACAACCAUGAUUCACCCCAAGUGAAGUGUGUGUGUAUAUAUGUACUACCAUGCGUUUGUCUCAUCCUCCACCUUUGAAUUUUACUUUCAAAUUGAAAGAUUUUUUCAGUUCCAACAAGGUUCUGGUUCAGACGAGUUACCGUCUAUAAGUACAUUCCACUCCGAUCAAGCAUGUUUGGGGAUUGGGGUCACGGAAAUUCGAACCAUGACCACUUGGUCAAACUAGCUCUGAUAUAAUGUAAU